GAGCCGCGGCGGAAGCCAACGUGGCCAUCCACGUGGCCAAAUAUCAUUGGCGAAAAGUUCGCGGCACAGGUUAAUUCUCUCCCUCUCAGCGAAUCUCCAGAGGAAAAAAAUCAAGAGCCAGUCUCUAAAUUUCUGCGAAAAGAUUUUGGACGACUGAAAUUCUCCUCUCCGUCGUCGUUUCUGCCUCUCCAAGGUUCAAGAGUUGUGAGAUUUUGGAUAAGUUUUUACUUUAUUAAUAUACACUCGGAGUUUAAAGCUUAAGCUAUUAUUGGAAUAUUGUAUGAACUUAUGCUACUAAGGACCCCCUCUGCAAACGACUGGUUUCACUCCGAAAAUGUCUCUUCCUGGUUCUUUGCAAUUGUCCCAUGAUAUGGGACUUUGCAGGAACCAAGGAUAUAAUAAAAAGUUUAAGAUUGUAUCGGGAAGGAGCAAGUUGCAUUUACUGAGCGCCACCCUCUCAUCUCGUGUGUCGUUCCUGCAACAGUAUUCUUGCAGAAUUCACCUCUUCGACAGUUUGUAUAGGCCAGUACAUUUUGUUCCAUACAGAAAUAAUGCCUUUAGGUGUCAUGCUUUUCAAGUACCAGGCCAAAUAUUUGAACUUCCUGGUGUAAAAGCUGCAUCUGUUGCAUUGACAAGGUCAUGUAAAAUCUUACAAUGUAGUCCUCUUGUAUUUAAGUUGGUUCCAGCUGUUAGUCUUAUAAUUUUUGCCCUAUGGGGUGUUGGUCCACUUUUUCAGCAGAGUAGAAGUCUACUUCUUCAUAAGAGUGAUAAUAGCUGGAAGAAAAGUAGAACGCAUUAUGUUACAACUUCUUAUAUUCAACCUUUGCUGCUGUGGACUGGAGCAAUUCUCAUAUGCAGAACACUGGAUCCAUUAGUUCUCCCUACAGAAGCUAGCCAAGUUGUUAAGCAACGGGCUUUAAAUUUUGUAAGAUCAUUGUCAACUGUGCUGGCCUCGGCAUAUUGCUUAUCAAACAUGAUUCAGCAAAUGCAGAAAUUCUUCAUGGAGACAACUGAGACCAGUGAUGAUACGAGAAACAUGGGCUUCCAGUUUGCAGGGAAAGCAAUAUGCUCUGCAGUUUGGGUUGCUGCUGUAUCGUUGUUCAUGGAGUUGCUGGGUUUCUCUACUCAAAAGUGGCUAACUGCUGGAGGUCUAGGGACAGUUUUGCUGACUCUUGCUGGUCGUGAGAUAUUCACAAAUUUUCUCUCAAGUGCAAUGAUUCAUGCAACUCGACCUUUUGUUGUGAAUGAAUGGAUUCAAACAAAGAUUCAGGGAUAUGAAGUUUCUGGUACUGUUGAGCAUGUUGGUUGGUGGUCACCAACAAUAGUAAGAGGGGAAGAUCGUGAAGCGGUUCACAUUCCAAACCACAAAUUUACAGUAAAUGUUGUGAGAAAUCUGAGCCAGAAAACUCAUUGGCGCAUUAAAACUCACCUGGCCAUCAGUCACUUGGAUGUCAAUAAGAUUAAUAUAAUAGUUGCAGACAUGCGCAAGGUCUUGGCUAAGAAUCCUCAGGUUGAGCAGCAGAGAUUGCACAGAAGAGUAUUUCUGGAAAAUAUCAAUCCUGAAAAUCAGGCUCUUUUGAUACUGGUGUCUUGCUUUGUAAAGACAUCCCGUCUUGAAGAGUACCUUUGUGUUAAGGAAGCUCUACUUUUGGAUCUCCUUAGAGUCAUCGGCCAUCACCAAGCCCGGCUUGCCACACCAAUUCGCACUUUGCAGAAAAUAUAUAGUGAUACCGACUUGGAAAAUAUACCAUUUGCAGACUCAGUGCAUAACACUGGUGGAGUGCCAUCUAACAGGCCUUUAUUACUGAUUGAACCCUCUUACAAGAUCAAUGGUGAAGAUAACAAAGGCCGUGCCUCACGUCCUGCUGGAGAACAAGAUGGUAAAACCACAGUGCGGCCCACUGUUGACACUAAAGCAGACAACAAGGCAGGAGCAACACCAAAACCUGACUCCAAGUCCCAAGGGUCACCAUCAAUUGAACCCAAAGCAGAAGCCAAGAUUGGAGAAAGUCCAAAUUCUGACACUAAGGAGGACUUGAAGACUGCAUUUGAAUCAACAUCUGAUCCCAAGACAGAUGAUAAAGUGACCGUGAAAUCACCAUCUGUCCCCAAAAAAAGUUCUAAUGCUGCAGAAAUAUCUAAACCUGGCCAAAAAAUUCUGGAUCCAAUCUCUGAUAAUUUGCCUCCAAACAAAAAGGUCACUGACAAGCAACAGAAAACUGCUAGGCAAAGCAGCAAGUUAGAUAACCCUUCAGUUUCCCCACCGGAAAGUGGUGUUGAGAAAGCAGGUGGAUUACAAGAAAUUUUCCAAUCAAAACAGGAAAAUGAGAAACUGCCAGUCUCUCAGCCACCGGCAAGACCUGUCUUGGAGGAAAAUAUAGUUCUUGGUGUUGCAUUAGAGGGCUCAAAGAGAACACUACCUAUCGAGGAAGGGAUGACUCCAUCCGCAGCAGAUGCAAAAGAAAUGGCUUCUGCUAGCCGGAAUGGAAGUGGAUCCACUGCUGAGGAUAAGAAAGAGGGUCAGAUUCGGUCCUCUCCUACUCUUAGUACCCCUGACGAUCAGUGAUGUAUUUGAAAGCUAACUACUGAUCCCCAGAGCUAGCGACUUGAAUUAUCUUAACACUUUUCCUGACCCCUAAACGUUGGAGCUGUAUUUCAUCAAAUUGUUCCAUAUAUGUAUAUUUUCUUCUGAUCACUCUUUUAUUCAUUAGUUGCUAAAAUGUAGAAUCCCUUUUUCUUGAAAGCAUCGAUAGUAUAUCAUUUUUUUUUCAGUUUUACCUUUUUGAUUAUUAUAGAAUCAAUCAGCUUGAAUGGCAAUUUGAGGCUGGCCCUGCAUGGCGAUUUGUCAGGUCCUUUGCUCAAAAAUUGCUUUUUAAAUAGAAAAUAUGAUUGAUAUUGUUGAGAGGGGCAGUCACAUUGAAAUGGUGCCUUCACUUCUAGGGCUGCAAUUGCUAAGUUGCACUGUAUAAUUGAUCUCUUUGAUGUUACAGCGAGGCUGGUC